CUCUCCUCCCAUCCCGUGGAGCCUGUUGGCAACAGGAGUGCCCACAGAAAUGAGGUGUUCACUGAGCAGUGGGGGAAUUCUGUGUUUACUGAGCUUGGAGCUAGGCUGGUUGUCCCCCUGAUUGGGAAGUGCUUGCAAGUUUCUGGUGCUUCCCCUGUGGCGGGGGUGAAGCAGGUAGAGACUCCUCCUAAGGACCUUGAAGACAUCAGCUGGCUGGGAAAUGGGAAUGGUAUGGCCUGAGACUAUGCGUGGGAUAUGAUAUGAUACAGUCCAUUUUCAUUCUGUGGUAUUUUCUUUUAAGCUGUGAUCCCUGAACACCAAAUUCCUGUUGAAUGAAGGAAACCCAACUGGUUUUAGAAGUUGUCAGAUUUGGUUAUGACUCCACACAGUACUGCAGGAUUCGCCUCACCACAGCAUAUUCUGCACCCUUGCAGGCUGACUACUUGAAGGUGGCAGACUUCUGGGUCUUCUCAUCCCACUUGCUCUCCCUGUAAGUGGUAAGGCUACGUUAAUGUGUAUUCUCUGCAGUCUCAGAGCUGGACUCUUCGGGCUCUGAAAAUGGAAAUAAAAGGAAGGGAAAAAAUAUCACUUGGAGUGUCCCUGAUAAAGUUUGAGAAGUGCUAGCAGUCCUGGUACAAAGAAGUGGCUUCAGCCCGAAAAUAAGCUGGUUGCUUGUUAGCUGGUCAUAGGGGGGGAGCAACUAAUGUAAAUGCAGGUAACCAUGCAGAAUGCGGUUCAGGUGUGGUUUGGAGAUGACCUUCCCUUAAGUCCCCGAAGUCCUCUAACUCCCAGACAUGGGCCAGGUUUGGCAGAUGUGUGCCUGUAUGACCGAUGGAUAUCUGUGCGGCACGAAGCAACUUUGGUGCCUAUGCAAGAAGAUCUGUCAAUCUGGCUGUCUGGCUUGCUGGGAAUAGAAGUCAAAGCAGAACAACUGCUAGAAGAACUUGAUAAUGGCGUACUACUCUGCCAAUUGGUUGGUGUUCUUCAAAACACAAUUAAAGAAUGCUGUAGCUCAAAUAAUUUAAGGAAUUUUCCUAUGAGAAAAAUUCCAUGUAAGAAGGAUGCUCCAUCAGGAUCUUUUUUUGCCAGAGAUAAUACAGCCAACUUUCUUAACUGGUGUAGGGCCAUUGGAGUUGAUGAGACUUAUCUCUUUGAGUCUGAAGGUUUAGUUCUGCACAAGGAUCCAAGACAAGUGUAUCUUUGUCUGUUGGAAAUUGGGCGCAUUGUGUCCAGGUAUGGAGUUGAACCUCCUGUGCUAGUAAAACUAGAGAAGGAAAUUGAGCUGGAAGAAACACUGCUAAUGACUUCUGGACCACCAUCACCUAUUAGCACAGCAAAGUCAUGUUGUCACCAUGGGGAGCUACAUGAGGCAGUUAAACAUAUAGCAGAAGAUCCUCCCUGCAGUUGUUCCCAUCGAUUUUCAAUUGAAUACUUAUCAGAGGGACGUUAUAGACUGGGAGAUAAAGUACUCUUCAUACGAAUGCUACAUGGCAAGCAUGUGAUGGUCCGUGUUGGUGGAGGCUGGGACACUCUUCAAGGUUUUCUACUUAAAUAUGAUCCAUGCCGAGUGCUUCAGUUUGCAACUCUGGAACAAAAAAUCCUAGCAUUUCAGAAAGGAGUCACCAGCGACAGUGUCCCCAGCUCAUCAGCUAGACUUCAGGAGCCCCCUGUUAUGAAUCCAAUGUCAGCUGUCAGUAUGUUUCAAAAGCAGCCAUCAAAACCCCUGACUCCUGUUUCAACUCUUGGGGCCAGUGCCAAGAAGGCUUUAUCUAAACGUCCUCAGUCCCCUGUCCUGACAUCAUCAAAAGUGCCAGUGCUUCCAUCCUCCACAGCCAAGUCAUUGACAGUCAGGUCCAAAUUGCAAGGAUCUUCAGCACCAGGCAUGCAGUCUCCUCUGAAACCAUUAGCUGGCACCUCAAAGAAACUGGAGUCUCCUGCACACAGUUCACCAGCUUCUGCUUCUUCACAGCCUCUAAGCAAAAGCUCUUCAUCUGCAGAAGCAAGAGCAGCUCUUGUUCACUCUGAAACAUUGCGCAAACGUAUUUGGCCCCUUGAUGCUCCUAAGAUGAAAUUUACCCUGCCUCAGGGCUCUCCAGCACCAGCGCUACAUCCUGCCUCCUCAUCCCCUAAAAACCAGCCAUCUCCCUUGCCUGGGACGGCUGAAACGAUCACUUCAAAACAGAAGCGUGUCCCUACUAAAUGCAAACCUGUAUCUGACAAGAAACUCAAAGUGAAUUCAGUUAGUCCAAAGGCUGCUCAGGCACCUGCAACAAACCUCCAUGCUGUUGCCAAGUUUGCACAAUCUCAGCAGCUCCUUGCAAAACCUCAUUCUGAAAAUGCUAUUCAGACCUCAGGAACUAGGUCUCAGCAUCCUCGGAAAGCUCCACAAACAGCUACUGACCAGGCAAGGAACCUGAAAAGUCCUUCAGUCCUAAAACACUCGGCUUCUGCACCUUCCCUUGCAGUUAACAAAGCAUUAAAGUCACCACCUGCGCUGGUAUCUACAAGCAAAAAUGUAUCAUCAGCUGUCAAUAAGCAGCCUAAUGCCAGUAAACCCCCUUGGGUUGGACCCACUUCAUCCAGGCCUCCUGAACGCGCUCCUUUAUCUGUUGUACGGCUUCCUCAAACUUCAGCCAAAGAGGCAGUGACCAAAAAACCAGCACAGCCUUCAACAAAAAACUUGCAAGUGACCGAAAGCUUGGCCCCAGCAGCCAAGAAGCCUCUCCCUAAGGGAAAAUCAGCAAUGGCGUGUAACAAAGGAACGCCUGGGGUAUCAAAAAGUCCUCUUAUGAAGAGCAGGCAAGAUGAUCACUAUUUUGUUAUGACAGGGAGUAAAAAACCCAGAAAAUAACCAAAUUGUUACUUUCUCUGGAAGUCUGAAUUUUGUUCCUGUGGGCCUCUUGUAACUGCUACACUGAAGACAAGGAAAAAAGUUUAAUAACACUACAUUUGCCAUGAAAUAUUAGGUAUAGCCUACAUUUUGCUGCGUAACUUAGAGUAAGAACUGUAUUUAUUUUGUGGUUUUGAAACUACUAUUUGGAUAUAUUUAGAAGUGAGCUUGCUUGCUGUGUAGCACUGCAGAAUAGAGAGUAACAUCCCUGCUUGCUGCUAGGCUGACCUGCUGCAGGGAAGUUGGGAGAGAGGAGAGGGGGAGCUAGGGCUGCUGCUUUUGCUGCCACUCAUUUUCAAGGGAGCAAAGCCUGCCCAAGAAACAUCUAUACUAGGCAGAGCCUAGGUGGAUCUGGCACAUCUGCACUGAGGCCCUUGUCAAGCGAUAGAGCUGUGCACAAGCUGUAAAAUGUAUAAUACGUCAAACAAAAGUGGGUUUUAGUUCAAUGUUGUAUUGGAACCCAAAUUUGAGUCAUCUGCAUGUAUUAGAAAGAGAAAUUUCUAGUCAUGUUUAGCUUUGACAACUCCCAUUAUCAGUGUUCACUGUGCCCCCCAUAUGCCUUAAAGUGGCUUCUGCUCACUUGGAAGUGGAGCCUUCUUAGUUUAAGUUGGAUGUGGAAAAUCAUGGCCUUGAUUCGUUGCUCUCAUUGUGCCUUAGCCUUUCAAAUUCAAGACAGAUCUCUUCAGUGAGCAAUGCUACUUUUACAGUCCUGAGCAGAUAACCUUAAUUAGAGCCCAGUCUUUCCUAGAAAGCUCUUGCUGCAUGGAGAGAAGCUUCUGAAUUUUGCUGGGAGGAUACUUUCCCCUGGGAUAAAGCCCCAAAGCAACUCCUGCUCCAGCAGCACAGAGUUGCCAGUACUAACUUGUACUGGCAGAGCCUUACUGCUCUGUGGGAGUAGCCUUUACAUGUAAAAGUAUUUAGUGAUUCUAAAUUUGGUUUUAUCAGUGUUGCAGGUUAAUUUUUAUUGGUAGUCUCAGUCUACAGCAGCUUUUUUGGUUUCAUUUAUGGAGACCUUUUUACUGGCUCUCCUGUAUUACCUUCUGGAGGUAAGGAGUAGCUUCCCAAAGAAGCACCAAGGAACUGCAUUUGCUUUUAAACUUACAAAGUGCCAGAAAUCUAUGCACUGUUUAGACUUUCAACUCCUGAACAUGUUCAGGUUUAAAUAUCUGUGGUGCUCAACACCUUUACCCUUAACAGAAGUAAGUUUAAUGGUAGGUUAAUAAAAAUUACUGUCUUUGGGAGUAGCAUUGUUUGGGAUAUUUUGGUUUUAAUGAACAGUUGUUCCUGCAGACACUGGGGAGCUCUCAAGGUCUGUGAAGAGACACUGCUGACUUCUACAGAUCAUCACUUCUGCUCUGUUCCCAGGAUAUUUACUUAUGGGCAAGAGAAGACAUGCAUGGAAACUGUAGUUUAUGAUGUUAUAUAUUUAAUGAUACUUUUUUUUCCCCUUGGAACUAGCAUAAGCAAGCAUCAUAAACUGAGUUCUCAUGUGCAGUGGCAAAGUGAUUGAGCUGUCUUACUGAGCACCUUGUUAGCUUUUUUAUUUAUGAUUCUAUUUAUGCAUAUCUACUGUACAAUACUGCUUACCACCUGCUGUGAGUAAACAGUAAAUACUAAUAUCAAAACUGCACGAGGAAAACAGAUCAGUUUUAAUAACAUGAACACAAAUCCCACAAGCAAUGUUGUAUGUUUGGGGAAGGCCUUAGGCUUGCUUGUUUUAUAAAUAAACUGGUCAAAGCUGCUACUGCAAAUGUUAAGAAUAAUAUUGACUGUAGUGGACUGCUUUCAGGUUUGAUAAAUUUGGCACACAGUUUCAUAUACAGAAAGCAUUUUACAGUAGUUGAGUUGAUUUUUAUUUUGGGCUUCCAAAAGCAAGCUAUGGUGUGCUAUAUCUCAUGCAGAUUAAUAGCUGAACUCUUGGGGUUUCUUUGUGCACUGGGUCUGGCUGAGAUGGAGUUAACUUUCUUUACAGUAUCCCAUAUGGUGCUGUGUUUCAGAUUUGUGACUAAAAAUCAGUGUUGAUAUCACACCAAUAUUUUGGUUAUUGCUGAACAGUCCUUGUACAGGGUUAAGGCUUUCUCUUUUUCCUGUUCUGACACCACAGCAAUUAGGCUGGUGGUGGGCAAGAGACUGGGAGAGGCACGUCUUUGAUAGCCAACCCUGACUGGACAAAGGGCUAUUCCAUAUUACAUAUUGUCACCCUCAGCAAUAAGAGCAGAGUAGAGGACAGAGGAUUUUGUAGGGGGGUUGCCUUCCAAGGUGCUGUUGUUUGCAGAUUUGGCUGGGCAUUGAUUGCCUGUGGAAAGUAGUGAGUGAUUGCUUUUGCAUCACUUGGUGGUUUGUUUUUUCCCUCUUUCUUUUGUUUAUUAAACUGUCUGUCUCAGCUGGUGAGUUUCCUUGCUUUUGCUGCUGCUCUUCCUCACCUUCCUGGGAAUGGAGAGGAGAGUGAGUGAGCAGCUGUGUGGGAGCUUGGCUGCUGGCUGGGGUCAAACCCACAACACCUUUUGAACCGUUGACAAGGGCUUUAGUAAUGAUCUAAGCCCUUGGAUCCGAGUGUGAAAGCUAUCUCAAUAUCUCCUUUUGAACUAUAAAUUAAAGAGAAAAUGAAGCAGAUGGCUUAAUCUUUGUGCUCCAUUAUUUUGGGCAAUACAGUGAAGGGUCUGGUUCAAAAUUAAAGAGUAAGCUUUCACAGUUGAAACCUUAAUCAGCCAAUUUAAAGAUGGUUCUCCUGUUGCAUGUGGAUAGGCUUGGGUUUAUUACAAAAAUAGUAUAUUUGAGCAUGGACCAACUUCUGUGAAUAUUGCAGUUUCCAACUUCAUAGUCGUAUUCUAACUAUGGGUGUCAUGUAAAAUGAGGUGAACCAAGAAUUAAGAUGUAACAAGUACAUCCUAAUGGAAAUACAUACUUCUUUUGCAACGUUGACAUUGCCAAAUAGGAAGUCUAAUAUUCAGCUUGUAUUACUUUUUGUGAGGGAAAGAUAACCUGGAGCAAGAAUCUAACUGAAUUCUCCAUGUGUAUUGAUGCCCUUCUGUAUGAAUACUUAUUUUAAAUAAACAUACACUCUGCCUUUUUCACAUGCACAGAU